CACACGCACAGUCACCGGCGGGAGUGUGAGAAAGCUUGCAAGACACGAUUCUCAUUUCUCACACAACAAAUCCACACACACACUCUCACUCGUUUCCUUCGCUUCUUCUUCUUCCGUUUCCUAAAUCCUCCAUAAACCCUAACCGGCUAGCCCCAACAAUUUACACUCUCAACCUCGCUUAUGAUUCAUGGAAGACCAACACCGUGCUACCCUCCCUCCCGGUUGCCGGUUCCAUCCCUCCGAAGAGCUUCUCCUCCGUUACUACUUAACCAACAAGAACGAAAACCGCGAAGGGGAUUUCUACGGUUCUGAUUUGAUUCGGGAACUGGACCUCUACGGUUACGACCCUUUCGAAUUACCGGACGCUGCGUGCUUUUCGUACGGUUACCGAGGGAGGAAGAGGCAUUGGUUCUGUUACACCGUUAAGGUGCCUAAGCGCGGUACCAGGAAGGUGAAAAGUGGGUUCUGGCUUCGAAAGGGAAGGGUUCGCGAUGUUUUCGGUAACGGUGGAAACGCCGUUUUGGGAACAAGGACACGUUUCGUUUUCUACGUUGGCAAUUCCGUAAAAAGCGCUACCAGAACGGAUUGGAUUUUGUACGAAUACGCAUUGGUUGACCGUGUUUUGGCUUCAUUUGCGCUCUGUCGCGUGUUUAAUAAGCCUCAUCAGAAGAAUAGUCCAUCGGAGAUUGGUCUCAGUUGUUAUGCGGAAGAGAGUGUGUCCGCGGUGCGUCAUGUUGGGGUUCAGUGUGAUGGAUAUGUUAGAAGUGAUGUUGUUGAAGCUAUUGUGUGUGAUGAUAACAGAAAGAAUGAGAUCACUGAGCUUCCAAUUAGGUGUGGUGGUGAACAUGAUGAUAGUGCCGCGCUACCAGUUUCCGUUGUUCAGGGUAGUCAACAGGAAAGGCUCUGUGGACUUCCUGGUGGCAGUGCAUUUUUCAUUGAAGCUGUGACAUCUCAACAACUACUUUCCAUUCUAGAGGAGGAGGAUUUCAUUGAAUUGAAUGAUAUUGCAUGAAUUGAUUUAAGAGAUAUAUGCAUUCUAAUGCUGCUCUCAGGAGUAUUUAUCACCUGAAACAACUGUAUUCAGAAUGGGGUAAUGCCCCCGCUACUGAGGAGAAAGAUUUAUGAUACUGCGUAAACUUUUUCCACUCGAAGAAACAUGUCAGAGGGGUUGAGGCAUAUGUCAUGGAACAAUCACUUCGCAUGUUAAGGUAGUUACUAUAGAUCUUUGUAUGUUACACUCUUGAGCCCUACUUAAGGAAAUAUUCAGUAGAUCUUCUUUGUUUUGAGCAUGCAGAUUUUCUCCUGUGCCUAAUGAAAGGCAAUUGGCUCCAGAGGAAUAGAGUUAGAGUUAGAUAUUGGUAUUGGUAUUGGUAAUUGCAACAUGCAAUUUACUCUAGUAUGCUGUGGGCAACAUCAUCUUACUUCACGCUGUCAUUGUUCACUUGACAGUAUAUUUAAAUUUUAUUUAGCAUUCCUGGGACCAUCCGAAUUUCCUAUCUGCCCCAUAUUGGCAAGGCCUAUUCGUUACUGUCUGUGCUACUUUCUUUUUUCUAAACUUGUUCAAGAGGCAAAUCAGAUGAAUUCCAAACUAAGGAUUUUUGUAAGUGUUAUUAUAUAACAGUAGCUUAUGAAUUGCCUUAACCUUUGUAUUACUUCUUUGGUUAGCUUACUAAUUUUAUGUUCUUCUUGGUAUUAGGUAUU